AUGCGGUGCACUCUAUCUGCGAUCGCCGGUGUUGCACUUUUGUCGUCGGCAGCGCAGGCAUGGAUAUCAGCUCCAACGACGCAGACUGACAAGCUCGCCGCUGUGGGCCUUCUGAAGCUUGCCCAGUACGAAUCCCAGCACCAUCCUCCGCCGGCUUGCAAUACCUCCUCUGGAUACAUUCGUCAGGAGUGGCAUACUCUGACCCCUAAGCAGAAGACUGCAUACAUCUCUGCCGUCCAAUGCUUGCAAAAGCUGCCCGCGAAAAGCGGAAGCUUCGCUCCUGGCGCAAAGAGCAGAUUCGAUGAUUUCGUUGCUGUGCACAUCAACCAGACCCUGAGCAUCCAUGCCACUGCCAACUUCUUGUCCUGGCAUAGAUACUUCACCUGGACGUACGAGCAAGCUCUGCGUAAUGAAUGUGGCUACAAAGGCUACCAACCUUACCUCAACUGGGCAAAGGUGUCGCAAGACCCUCUCGACUCUCGACUCUUUGAUGGGAGCGCUACAUCGAUAGGUAACAACGGUGGAAACCUCCCUGGCGAGAACAACUCCUACUUCCAGUCUGAGGCCAAUCCGCUUGUGGUCAUUCCUCCUGGCACUGGCGGUAAAUGCAUCACAGCAGGCCCGUUUGUCAAUAUGUCUGUCAACCUCGGCCCUCUUAUCCCAGCUUACUCGGAAAUCCCACCAAACCCAUCUCCAGAUGGUCUUGGGUACAACCCUCGUUGCUUGAGGAGAGACAUCUCGACCUAUGCGGCACGGCUCGCUCUCAACGAUACCAUGAUUGCGAAAUUGAUCACCAGCCACAACGACGUCUCAUCUUUCCAGGAUGAUAUGGAAGGAGGAUUUAACUUUGGCCUGCCUCUCAUCGGUGUGCAUACUGCUGGUCAUUACCUGGUUGGCGGCGAUCCAGGUGGUGAUUUCUUUGCCAGCCCUGGUGACCCAUACUUCUUCCUGCACCACGCCCAAAUCGACCGUGUUUGGUGGAUCUGGCAAAACCAGGACCUCAAGAACCGCCAGAAUGCCAUCGCCGGGACCAUUACGAUUCUGAACCAGCCUCCAAGCCGCAAUGGCACUCUGCAAGAUAUCCUUGAUCUUGGUGUGAACGCACCCGGCAUUACCAUCGGAAGCGCUAUGUCGACUCUAGCUGGCGAGUUCUGCUACAUUUACAUUUGA